AUGAUCGCCCGGCUGCUGAUUCUGCUCUCAAUUUUGGCUCUGGUGGGUACUGAAUGGACUAUGUUCUGAAAUUAUUGGAUUUUCGCCAUUUUUGGGCUUAUUCGGAAAAAUAUAGCGUCACUCUAUUCAUAUAGAAAUUCAGAAUAAUCAAAAAAAUGACCGAAAAUUUGAAAAAAAUCGAUUUUUUUCUCUAGACACCGAUGAAUGGACUACUGUUCGAAAUCAACAUUUCAGGCCAUUUUUGGGCUCAUUCGAAAGCUUGGAGUCCACUUUUUGCUUAUUUGAAGCUGAAUUCAGGAAAAAGUCAGUAAAAUAACAAAUUUCAGGGCCUUGCACUGGUUUCCGACAUUUCACACCGUUUUCUUCAGCGCGAAUCAGACGGUGAUGAUGUACCAGCUUGGACAGGUGAUUAUUUGAUUCUAGGUCUUGAAAUUCACGGUAUUCAGCAAAAAAAAGCUUACGAAAAAUCGCAAUUUUAAAACUUAAGCUCAAAAUUUACAAGGAAUGUAAAAUAGAAGUUCACGAAAAGUCGAAUUUUGUUAUUUUUGGCUCGAAAUUCACAAAAUUAUGCAAGGAAAAGCUCACGAAAAACCGAAAAUUACAAUUUCUAACUCAAAAAUCACAAGAUAAUCCAAAAAAAAAUCUCACGAACAAACGGAAUUUUCAACUUUAAGCUCGAAAUUUACAAAGAAUGCAGAAAAAUAAGUUCAUAAAAAACCGAAAUUUCUAAUUCUAGGCCCUAAAUUCACAAGAAAGUGAGGAAAAAGGUAUAGGCAAAUAGGAAAAAAAUCCCAAAAAAAUCGUUUUGCUAAUGAUAAAAAUGUGUUCCAAAAAAACUUCAAUAAUAAUAUAUUUAUCGUAAAAUUAGAGAAAAAAACCGUUUUUUUCAAAAAAACCAUCUGAAAUUAGGGAAAGGAUUUUCGAUAGCUUGUCGUUCAAAAAAAAAAAAUGCUCACAAAAAUAUUACAAUUUUCUGGCCUUAAAUCGAAAAAAGUGAAAAAAUAGCCAUUUUGGCCUGAAAAGGGUGCAUAAAAAGCCGUUUCUUUACCAUUAAAAGAAAUUCUAAACUUCUUUUUAGGAUUUUUCAGUUUCUGAGAGACUAGAGCCAGUAGAAGAUUGAGCUUUUCUUAUCGAAAAUCAAUAUAAAUCUUGAAAAUUCCAGCCCCGUAUUACAUGACAAGCGGACGGACGCGGAGCGGAUCGCCGGAUUUGGAAUUGACGAGCAGCCGUCUUCUUCAUCUGGCCGACCUGCUCAGGAAACGCAACGACUACUUAUAA